UCUAGUCAACAGAAAACACAAAUGAAAGAUCGAAAUCUGUUAUCUGAAUUAAUAUUUUCCAAGUUACAACACAUUAAUUAUAAAUAACAUGCAUAUUUAAUAGUAAUUGGUUAACAUUUUCUGUACUUCAUAAUUAUCAUUCCAAGAUAAUGUGUUUUCUAAUUUAAAUGUGCUUGGUAAUGAUACAUUAAGAUAACUAAAUGAUUAACUUAUUUGUACAGAAUUGGGUAUGCUUUAUAGGAUUGAAAGUAUUUCUUCAUUUUGUUUUUUAAACAAACUGUGAUUUGGUAAUCCCUGCCAUUCAUUAGUAAACCAAAAGUAUGUAAACACAUUUAUAGAAAUUCACCUCAUUUCCAUAAUUGGUUUUAAUUUUUUUAAAUUCUUUACCAUAGUGCUGUUAUAAAAUGUGUGAUUAAAGAUGUGCGUGGGGCACAGGUAACGAGAUCAGCUCUCAUUUCCUAUCACAAAUUGUAUAUGCAUCAAGCUGGCAGAAACAACAACACCUUCAUUAAUCAUUAUUCAUCAAGGAAAACCAAAUAAAUGUAAGUACGAAGGUUUACGUCACAGUCUGUUACCUCCGUCAUCAAAACUAAAAUAAGCCUGGCUUUGUCAGAGUUACUCAUGGUCUAUCCUAUAAAACAGGUUUUACUAUGAAGACAGAGUGGAUUCUUGGUAUUUCCAUUUUAAUUUUCACACCAUGUCAGGGCCAGUUACCAUUUGAGGUGGCAUCAGAAGACCUUGGAAAUGCUGAAGCGGAUUUUAUUGAUUUCUUUCUGAGUAAUCCAGACAUGUUAUUUAAUGCACUGGAUAUUAAUACUGAGACAACAACCUUAGCACCACUUGAAACCAUAACCCUCAACUCUGGAACGGAACAUACAGGGACACAGCAGUCUAAUAAUGGAACGGAACAUACAGAUCAUACAAAUCAUGGAACGGAACAUAUAGAUCAUACAGAUCAUGGAACAGAACAUACAGAUCAUGGAACAGAACACACAGAUCAUGGAAGUGAAACAGCUGGAAACAAAGAUUCUGAACAUGGAUUAGUUGUGGAGGAUGGCAUGGUGCGUGACCCUGUAUCUGGUUCCAUUACUCAUUUAUUUGACAUACAUGAUGGGGCACUCUUAGAGGUUAUACAAAGUGAAAUAACUGGUGGACAUGUAAUUGACCCCCAUACUGGAGAAUUGAUUCUUCUUUCUGAAAUUUCUUUGUCAGAGGAUACACAUGCUUCCCAGACUACAACUGUAUCCUUGACAACUGCUGAUUCUACCACAGAAAGCCCCCAUUCUAAUCAUCCAGGGGAAAGUACAAUUUCUGAGGUUAACAAAAAUCAGAUUACUUCACAGAACAAAAUUGUGAAUGGAGUUAUCAGAGAUCUGAGUACGGGUAAGAUCACACAUAUUGUGGAUCCCCACACUGGUGAACAUCUGAAAGUUAUAGAAAGUCCAAUAUUUGGAGCUCAUAUUUUUGACUCCAAAACUGGUGAUCUGAUUAUUGCAGAAGAUCAUGCUCUGGAGCAUGGUACAAUUGAUGUCCAACCUCAAACCUUACAGCAACAAACCGACGCUCCUCCACCACAAACAACACCAAUAAACAUCCCAGAAACUACAACAAAAGCUUCUACCACAACAACCCCAGAAGCAACCACCACAACAGAAGCAACCACCACAACAGAUGCAACAACCACAACACGGGCAGCAACCACAACAGAAGCAACCACCACAACAAAGGCAAUCACAACAGAAGCAACAACCACAACACAGGCAACCACCACAACAGAAGCAACCACCACACCAGAUGUACAUAUAUUAGAGGCUUUGGAGAAGGCAACUGUAGCUGCAACUAAAAAAACAUUCACAACAACAGUUCAAACACCAGUACAGACUACCACAAAGAAUCCAAAAGUAUUCACGCAACAAGUACCGGCUGAUCAUGAUAGCAUUCAUACACAUGAUAAUGACCAUCAAAAUAACCGAGGAAUAGUGAUACAUAACAUAGUGUCUUCCACUCCACAAACACCAUCAAAUAGGUUGUCAACAAACAAACCACCAAAAAGGAGAAGGAAAUUUGGUACAAUGAAGGGAAUACACUCCAUAUUAAAUAAAUACAAGUCAGAAUACGUAAAAACCAAAAAGAAUCGAAAAGAAAAGUAUGGUGAUGACAACAAUAAUCCCAACAUAAACAAAGUAUUGAAAUGGAUCGAACGAAGAAAAAAUCAAUUCAAAAAGGUUUUGCAUAAAAAAAAGCAUAUUGAGGAAGAAAAGAAAAUUAAUCCAAAUAAAAGAUUUAAAAUUUUAGACCUGGAAACCUAUUUUCCAAGUCUUAAACGAAACAAAUUCGGAGGACUAGAGGCACGGAAGAAGUGGAGAAAUGCAGUGGGAAGCCCUAAGUCAAGAAACAGAAAGAGUGAAAACAAGAAUACCCAAAGUACACUGUCAACAGAAAACAAGGCCAAUUUAAACAGGUGGCAUAGCAGAGCAAUAUUUCAAAAUCCACACAGCAAAAGAGUAGCAGGUGCAAAACAAGGAAACCAGCAGAACACAGCCAGGAAGAGGGAGUUUAAUAAACAGAUGUCCACCAAACUAAAUCAAAAAAAGAUGUCAACAAAAAAGAACAGAAAAACAACUAACACAUCUACAAACACUGAGUUAUCCAAUAAGCCAACAACCAAUACCAAAACACCCCCCACCAAAAAAUCUCGUCAAAGAGGGAAACGUAGAAAAUUCAAAAAUCUUUUUGCAAAUAGACGAAGAGAUUUUUUACGACGAAAACAAAAGAAACAAACACCAGUGAACAAACACUCUGAUAAACACACUGAUCUGGAAAACUAUGUAAAAAGUUUGAAAGAAAAAGUGACUGAAAACAAUCCUGCAUCACAUCCAGAAAAUCAAACUGCAGAGUCAUACGCUUCUGAUUUUGCCAGGAAAAUAAAUAACAAAAGAAUUGCAAGAGACCCUAAAAAUGUUAAAUUGAGAAAAGCAAAAUGGGAAAAGUCAUACUUAGCAGGCCAAACUGGGACAUAAUUCUAAAAUUAUAAAGCAUGUAAUAAAGGUGUAUUCAGACUCA